AUGGAACUUUAAAACGUUGCCAGUCACUAUUCAACAUCAACAAUAUUUACCACAACAAAGAACAUAGUUGUGCGUUGAUACUAGUGCAACCAGUUCCAGUAAAUGGCAAGGAGCAACUUUGUCAGACGUUCCACCGUACACAGAUUGCGAUAAGUACGUUCAUUGCUCUAGGGCGCGAACAUUUCUUUAUUGCCCUAUCCUAUCGCACUACGCGGUAUGAGGCCCUCUCUUAGCAAACCCCAACACUGGGCAGCUCAGCCAAUAAAUUGAUCAAUUGAACUAAUUGAUCGUGGCAAAAGUAUUUGCAGCGAGUACACUGCAUUUGCGUGCAAUCGUCAUUCAAUUGCAGUACCGAUUAGUGAGUGCAUCAUCCGCAUCCGCGAGCGCGAUUGUUCCGCAAAGUGUUGAGUGAAUGAAAAUGUUACUGGCCAUCCCUUUGUUUUUCGCUCUAGCUACAACCCCCACGGUCACCAGCGAUGCUACGUUUCAGCAGUACGUGGAGCUAAUGUUUCAGUUCGAUUCGGUGUUUGAAACUCUCUGCCUCGAGCACACGAACGACUCCGUGCAAGCGCGGCGCAUGGUCGAGGCCAAUCAAGAACUGCAAACCUGCGUCAAUCUGCAUCAUGAUCCGCAAAAUUUCACCAACGCGUUAGAUACACUGACCGUGGAAAAUCGGAAAGAUUUCAUCAGCUACAACUGUGACCAGUUUGAGGAAAUUAAAAAGUGUUACCUUCCCUUCACGCGCCAGCUUGAGAUAUGCUUUACCGGGCGUGAUGUUUCAAUGGUGAAAACGCUGAUCAUGUUGGAGGAAGAGUUUGCGUACAUCUGCGAACAGGAUGGUGCGAAUGUGCUGAGUGUGCCCCGGUCCAACUAUUCGUACUGUGCCGGAAAUUUGCAAGAGUUGCUGCAGAAUUGCUCCAUGCAGGAUUGGGCCGAGCUGCGAAGCAAAACCAUCGACACUAUGACGGAGCGAGAUUGCAGCAUUUUUCAACGACUAGCAACGUGUUUCCAGAACAACAUUACCAAAUGUGGAGCACCUUUGUUCGCGCAGCUGUUCAACAUACGAUACCGAGCCAUCGUAAAGCAGACUUAUUGUAAUAAGGGCACACCCUAACUGAGCGUACCGUGGCACUAAUUUUAUACUGCUAAAGGGAUAAAGGAUGCGUGGGAAAAGGGGGUUUGAUGUUGAGUCAACAGGUACAAAGUUUUGUAAAAUUAUUAUUAUUUAGUAUAAUGAUUUGUAACGGUAGGAGAUAGUUGAGUAGAAUUAUAGAUACAAAUUUUAUUUCGCAGCUAUUAAAUUGCUCAAACUCUUCAAUAUCCAGUUUUAAGUGUAAUUUCUAAGCUUUGUUUUACGUCUAUGCUUAAUUGUUGAAAUUGGAAAAAUAAAAUACAGGAACUUCCCAACUUAGCUGACUGA